UUUAAUAGGAGAAACCAUGUCUCCCAGUCUCAGUCAAGGUUCAGUUAUGAUCGCAGCAGCGUUCUCGUCUGUUUCUGCUUCUCCUGUGUGGAUUUCUGCAUGUGUGUGGUUCUGGUUCUGUUCACAUGUUGAAGGUGAGCUUGUUCGUUUAGUCAACCCAAUCAUGGCUGUUCCUGGUGAUGAUGUCAUCCUGCCGUGCUACCUGGACUCUCAGGUGGACCUCCAGGAUCAAAUCGUAGAGUGGACCAAACUGGAGGUGAAGCCUGAUCCGGCGGAUCCACAGGGCCGUGUCCCUUUUGUGUAUUUUUACCGGAACAGGAAGACCAUGACCACAGUUAUGAUAGAGUCGUUGAUCCCGAGAGUGUCUCUGAACCAAGACGGACUAAAACGAGGAGACGUGACGUUAAAGAUCAGGAACGUGUCGCUCCAGGAUGAGGGGAAGUACAGCUGCUUCAUUCCUGGGAAGAACUUCAGGGAGACGGUUCAGCUGGUUGUUGAGCCAAACGGAGUCAGAGCUCCAACCAUGGAAACAUCCCAGGUUGACAUCAUCUCCACUCCAGAUCCAGGAGAAGACCAGAUCUGGAUCAGUCGCUCCAGACCAGGUCUCUGGAUCCUUCUUGGACUUUUUCCCUCAGUGAUCCUCUCUGGUGUUUGUGUUUGUGUCUGUCAGAGGAAACAACCAGAAGGUCAGAAACCUCCUCUGGUCUGAAGACAUCCCAUCUCUCCAAAGCUGCUUUGAUCGUCUUCAAGGAUUGAAGAGACUUUCUGAAGCUGCAGCCACAUGGAGACGCUACACGCCCGUCACUGCUGUGUUACCGUGGAUGGAAACUGGUCCAUGAAGACGUGAGGAUCCUCUGGUUCUGACCAGUUUCUGCCUGAUGGUUGGAACUCCUUCAUUUAUCUGGAGAACCUUCUGGGAUGAGGGUCAGCACCGCUAAAUCUGAGGCCAUGGUCCUCGACCGGAGAAAGGUAGUUUGCCAUCUCUCGGUGGGUGGAGUGUCCCUG